AUGGCGAGCACAGCAUGCUUUGUGAUUGUCAGUAAGAAUGAUAUCCCAAUCUAUGAUGCUGAAGUUGGAUCCGCUCCAAAAAAAGAAGAUCAGGCUUAUCAGCAUCAGUUCAUUUUGCAUGCUGCAUUAGAUGUUGUUCAGGACCUUGCAUGGGCUACAAGUACAAUGUUUCUGAAGUCAGUAGAUAGAUUCAACGAUCUUGUGGUGUCUGUUUAUGUAACUGCUGGUCAUACUAGAUUUAUGUUGCUUCAUGAUUCACGGAGUGAAGAUGGUAUAAAAAGCUUCUUUCAGGAAGUUCACGAACUUUACAUCAAGAUAUUCCUUAAUCCACUCUACUUGCCUGGUUCUCGCAUCACAUCCUCUCAUUUCAAUACCAAGGUCAGGUCUCUUGCAAGGAAAUACCUGUAG